AGAUCGCAUGCCACGAUCACCGUGUCUGUUAGAUAAGAUCAGCGUCUCCGCGGACCAUCCUCCUCUUCUCCUUCUGUGACUAGGUUUCUACAGUAUCUGCGUCAACAUGGGUCGACUUAACGAGUUCGCGGCCCAUCGGUUUGAUUAUUUGAUCGUCGGCGGAGGCACCGCGGGCUUAGCGGUCGCAGCACGACUCAGUCAACGCUCGGACCUAGUGGUUGGUGUGGUCGAAGCCGGUCCAGAAGCAUUUGAGGAGAAAGCGAUUAAUAUCCCCGGACUUUAUGGCUCCACGAUCGGCUCUCGGUAUGACUGGCAGUUUGAGACGACGCCUCAACCUGGACUGGCCGGUCGGAGUCUGCCGUGGCCGCGCGGGAAAGUCCUUGGCGGCACCAGCGCGCUGAAUUUCAUGGCAUGGAACCGUGGCAACAUUCAGGAUUAUGAUGCUUGGGAGGAGCUGGGGAAUAAGGGAUGGAGCUGGAAUGAUCUGCUGCCAUUCUUCCAACGCUCGGAAACAUUCCACCCUCCUGACACCGCUCACCAAGAUCAAUACAAAUCUUGCUAUCAGGCAGCGGUACACGGGAAGGACGGUCCACUUCAGACUACUCAUAUUCAAUCAUACGGCCCAUCACACCAAUUCUGGCAUGCGACGCUCAACCAGCUUGGCGUGGACACCAGUCCGGACAGUCUAGCUGGAUCUAAUAGAGGAGCCUGGAAUAUGAUUUGCACCCUGGAUCCUGCCAGCCAAACCCGGAGCUAUUCGGCAAAUGCCUACUACCGCCCAGUAUCAGCGCGGCCCAAUCUAAUCGUCCUCACUGAGGCGAUGGCCACCGAAGUUCUCAUCAAAAAGAACGACGAUGAAGGCGGAUGGAUUGCGACGGGCCUCGACAUUCUCUGUGACGGUGAACAGAGGAUGGUCCAUGCUGCAAGAGAAGUCAUCGUCUCGGCGGGAAGUGUUCAGUCUCCGCAGCUGCUGGAGCUGUCUGGCAUUGGCAACCCGGACGUUUUAAAAUCGGCUGGGAUCUCUGUCAAAGUUGGCAACCGGAAUGUUGGAGAAAACCUACAGGAGCAUAUGAUGACGGCAACAAUUUUCGAAGUCUCGCCAGAACUACUCACCAGGGACGACAUCCUCCGCGACAAAGCACUUCGGGAGGCCGCGGAACGUGAGUAUGAAGAAACCCAGUCCGGGCCGUGGACAAUUCUCCCUUGCUCAAUCGCGUACUGUUCAUUAUCGCAGAUCAUUGACGAAAAGGAGGCGGCAGAUUUGCGAUCAAGAGCCGAAUCCAUAGCCAAGCAGACAGGCAAACGGCGCGAUGAGAUCCGAGCUCGCCAAUUCCGGGAUGAUGUCAAUCUGGGCCAGCUCGAGUACCUCUUUGACGUUGGCAACUGGAGUCCAUAUCUUACAUCCGAAGAGGGCAAGAAAUACGGAACGAUGUUAAUGAUGCUUCAAUAUCCAUUUUCUACAGGCUCCAUUCACGUCCCACCCAUGGAGUCUGGCCGUGUGACUAUCCAUGAUAAGCCCAUCAUUGACCCAAAAUAUUACCUGGAUUAUGGAGAUAUAGAUUUUGAGGUGAUGAAAAUGGGCCAGCGCCUAACGGAGCGGAUCAGCACAACCCAGCCACUUUCCAACAUCAUUCGCUCGCGAGUCUUCCCUCCAAUCAGUGAAGGAGUCGAAUAUGAUGAGUUUGUUCGAAACUACACUAUAACUGACUGGCAUCCGGUCGGAACCUGCGCGAUGGGGGGAUCGGAAGGGGCGAGGUCCGGCGUGGUCGAUGACCGUCUUCGGGUAUUCGGUGUCAGAAGUCUGAGAAUCAUCGAUGCGAGUAUCAUUCCCCUGCAGAUUAGCGCACACAUUCAGGCCACUGUAUAUGCGAUUGCGGAGAAAGGGGCUGAAAUGAUCCUCGAAGAUGCGGAUCGGUACUAG